AUGGAAGGUCCCAGUAAUAAAAAGUGGAUGUAUUGUGAUAGAGUUAGUAAAGAAUACUUGGAUGGAGUAAAUGACUUUUUAAAUCAUGCCUUUUCUCAAAAACAAAAUGGAGACAAAAUUGCAUGUCCCUGUACAGAAUGUGUGCUUUUCCAUCAAGUAAAUCGGGCCACAGCAUAUGACCAUCUUGUGGUUAAUGGCAUUUUGUCAUCUUAUGAUACAUGGUUUUGUCACGGGGAGUCUUUAAAAAAGUCAAACAAUACUCAAGUAACUAAUUGUAGCCAGUCAACUGUAAGGGGCGAUGAUGUGACCGGAAUUAUACAUGAUGCCUUUGGAGGAUGUACACAACUUAUGGAUAGUGAUGUCAAUGAAAGUAGCGAGGUGGAGCCAAACCUAACAGAAAAUAGUGCUUGUACAUCUGGAAAUCAAACUCAUCAAGAGAUGGAUAAGUUUGAACAACUCAUGAAGGAGGCAAAUGAAGAACUUUAUCCUGGAUGUAAGAAGUUUAGCAAAUUGUCCUUUUUGCUACAUAUCUAUCGUACUAAAUGCAUGUUCAAAUGGUCAAAUGAAUCUUUUGAUUCUUUGCUUGGACUAUUAAAGGAUGUGCUGCCAGAAGGGGAAAAAUUACCUCCUUCUUUCUAUGAGACCAAAAAUAUAGUCGAAGGUUUGGGCUUAAAGUAUGAAAAAAUUCAUGCUUGUCCCAAUGAUUGCAUGCUUUUUAGAAAAGAGUUUGCCAGUAAUGAUGUCAAUGAAUGCAAAAUUUGUGGAGCUUCUAGAUGGAAAAAUAAUGCAAAGAAAAUUCCAGCCAAGGUCCUAAGGUAUUCUGAAUUUGCUAGAGAUCCUCGUAAUGUCCGUUUGGGAUUAUCUUCUGAUGGGUUUAAUCCAUUUGGCACAAUGCAAACUGUUCAUAGUACUUGGCCAGUAAUUUUAAUGCCAUAUAAUCUUCCUCCGUGGAUGUGCAUGAAAGAAGAGUUCUCUAUUUUGUCCUUACUUAUUCUUGGACCAAAAUCACCUGGCAAUAAUAUUGAUGUCUUUUUGCAACCGUUAAUAGAAGAGUUAAAUGAAUUGUGGAGUGUUGGGGUAGAAACAUAUGAUGCUUCUACAAAGGAGACAUUUCAAAUGAGAGCAGCUCUUAUGUGGACUAUAAAUGAUUUUCCAGCGUAUGGUACUCUUUCUGGAUGGAGCACUUAUGGUCCAUUUGCAUGCCCUUCAUGCAAUAUAAACACUCACUUUAAAAGGCUCAACCAUGGAAGGAAAUUUUGUUUCAUAGGGCAUCGACGUUUCUUGAAGUCUAGCCACAAAUAUCGAAAUGAUGCAAAAUCAUUUGAUGGUACUAAAGAAACAAGACAUGCACCUUGUGCCAUAUCUGCGUCACAAGUGUUGGAUCAAGUUAAAGAUAUAAAGUUUACUCUAGGACAAUCAAGUGAAGAGAAGGCAGAAGCAUACAUAGCAAAUGAAUGUUUGGCAUUUUACUCACGAUAUUUAGAGGGUGGAGAUUCAAGAUCUUAUUAUUCACGAAAAUGUGAUGAUGAGAUUGAGCAUGAGACUAGUAAAGAAGAAUGUCUUUUUCCUUUUACCGGAGAGUCAUAUGGUGCAGUAGAUGUAUAUGAAAUGGAUGAGAAAACACUAUUUCAAGCACAUCGGCAUGUGCUUGUCAAUUGCGAGUCAGAGGUGGUAGAGAAUUAUAAAAAAUUGAAUGAAAUUGUGGAGUUAAACUACUAUGAAGAAUUUAAGGUUGUCUUAUUUAAGUGUAAUUGGGUUGAUGUAACCAAAGGUAGAGGAAUUAUGGAAGAUGACUUGGGUUUCACAGUUGUGAAUUUUUCACGCCUGGCUGAUUCUGGCGAUCGAAAACGUCAUGAGCCCUUUAUAUUUGCAGAACAAGCUCAACAAGUAAUAUUUGUGCAAGAUCCUCAAGAUUGUGAAUGGUUUGUUCCUAGGUUAAUUAAACCUCGAGACGUUUUUGAUAUGGGAGAGGAAAAUAGUGUGCAGAUUGAGUCAUAA